GGCGGGCGGGCGACGAGCGCGGGCCGAGGCGGGCGGCGGGCGGCGGGCGGCCGGUCUGUGGGCCCCAUCCCGGAGCCGCACCCCGGGGCGCCGCGGCCUGCUGCUCUACCGAGGCGCCGCGCGGCCGGGCAGCGGGUCCAGGCCUCGCCGCCGGCCGGGGCCUGCGGGGCCCGCCCGGCUCAGCAUGCCCGGGGUGAAGCUGACCACCCAGGCCUACUGCAAGAUGCUGCUGCACGGCGCCAAGUACCCGCACUGCGCCGUCAACGGGCUGCUGGUGGCCGAGAAGCAGAAGCCGCGCCGCGAGCACCCGCCGCCGGGCGGCCCGCACACGCUCUUCGUGGACUGCAUCCCGCUCUUCCACGGCACGCUGGCCCUGGCGCCCAUGCUGGAGGUGGCCCUCACCCUGAUUGACUCCUGGUGCAAAGAUAAUAGCUAUGUGAUUGCUGGUUAUUACCAAGCUAAUGAACGAGUAAAGGACGCCAGUCCAAACCAGGUGGCAGAGAAGGUGGCAUCCAGGAUCGCCGAGGGCUUCAGUGACCCUGCGCUCAUCAUGGUAGACAACACCAGGUUCACCAUGGACUGCGUAGCACCGACGAUCCACGUGUACGAGCACCACGAGAACAGGUGGCGGUGCAGAGACCCACACCAUGACUACUGUGAAGACUGGCCGGAGGCGCAGAGGAUCUCCGCGUCGCUGCUGGACAGCCGGUCCUAUGAGACGCUCGUGGACUUCGACAACCACCUGGACGACAUCCGCAACGACUGGACCAACCCCGAGAUCAACAAGGCGGUGCUGCACCUGUGCUAGGCCGGCCACGGAGAGGGAGGCCGUGCCGGGCGGGGGCGCGGGGGAGGGGCGGGCCACGGGUCUGGGGGUCCUCGGUCACGCGUUGCCCUCACCUUCCAGAUCCAAGCCGCUGACGCUUGCCCAGGGUCGUUCCUGUUAAACUGUUUUAACUACCCUUUUAUAAUCUGGAGAGAAUACUUUUUAAGGCUCACGAACUAUUAAAAAAAAAAAAAACC